CAGAAACUACUUUGUAUAGGCUUUUGCCUUUCUUUUUCUUCUAAUACUUCUUUCUUUUGUUUCUUUCACCUUUUUGUUUCAUAUGACAUUCUACUAAUAUAAUGGCUACUACAACGGCUAUUGCUACUGGUGCUCCUUUACCGCCUAUCUCUACGACAUCCUCCACGUCUACAUCAUCAAGUUCUUCAUCUUCCAUUGAUCAAACAUUAUUAACCUCAGUAUUGGUAGACUGGACAAAUGCACUCAUUGAAAACAAUAUGAAUCAAGUACGUCGAUUGCUAGACAAGGAACCUGAAUUAUUAUGGACUCCUAUACCCCACACUUUGGACGAUAUUGAUCCGCUCAAAGAAAAACUUGUUCAAUUCAAAAAACUUGGCCAUUCAUUUCAACCUGUCUGCGCUAUCCAAUUUCUUGUGCUAUAUCAUCAACAACAGGAAGACAGACGAGACUUGAUCUCUUCUCUAAUUGAGGAGUCUUCAGUUUAUGAUCUUGAUACUCGUUUAUGGGGUGAAUGUAAUAAUUCUUUAUUACACCUGACUUGUUUUUUAGAUGACUAUUACUUAACACAACUACUCUUGAAGAAAGGGACUUCAACUCAUAUAAGAAAUGAUCGUGGUUAUACGCCUGCAGACGUUACUCAAUCAGAUAAUGUUUUGUCGUUAUUACUGUCAACAACUAGACAAGACGAUGGCAACGAUAUGAGCAUUUCUGCAUCAGAAAUCAGCUUGGAAGCAGCAGAGACAGCAGUAAAGGAUCAUCAUUCUGAACAUCGAAUAGAUGAAGACAAUCAGCAGCAGCCACCACAUCCUAACGCAUCUAGAUCCUCUAAUAGUAACAUGACUGCUGGCAACAUUAAAGUAGUCAGACCUAAUUAUAGCACUCCAAACCGGUUUCAAUUGCUCAAAAACUUGGCCGAAGUAGCCGCUGCACAAGAUGAGAAGGCAACUUUAUUAGACAUCACUCUAGACCGUCAAAAGGCAGAUGGGAAGUAUUUCAAGAAGGGAAAAGUGAAAGAGACGCAACAAAAGGUACUGACAGAAGAAGAAGAAGCUUUACUAUUGGAUAAGCAGAAGAGGCAAAUUGAAGUAGCUCAGUUGGUCAAAAAAUCGGCUGUCAAAAACAAUCCCUUAUUUAUGAAAUUGGAAAAGAAGGCUUUUACUUUGCCUGCUACUUCAACAGCAUCCAUUUCGAAUACUAAAAAACCAUCCACUACUUCUUCUAGUAAAAGUAUGGCUAAUGAUAAAAUACCGGAAGCAACAUGUAAAAUGGAGAAGAGCACGAAUGGUAUUGCCAUUGCGGAUGAAAAUUCUGGAUUUUCGCAACACAAUGACAACAAAUCAAGUGUUUGUCAUACUUUACCGGAUAAUUCCAAUGAAGUACAGGAUAAUAAAAUUGCAGAUGCUGCUACAAACGAAAGCUUGAAAAGCAAAGCUUCAGAUCUUGCCACUAGUGCGCCCACUUCAGCGACUACAGACCAAAAGCAUACAAGUAACAAACUAAAAUUCACAAUGGACGACCUCAUGGGCACCACAACUUCAGAUGAUAAUGACGAUGAUAUGAAUGACGAAGAUAGCGAUGAUGAUGAUGACGAUAAAAUCUUUGAGCAAGUAGCUACUAUUCAUAUUGCCCAUCGACUCACUUCAUCUACCAUUUAUAAACCCAUCAAAAUCCCAAUUGAUGAUAAGUUAGUCCUGCAGCAACAACAGAAUCGCAACUAUAAACAUGGCCCUGAACGUCUCAGCCAUUAUUACUUUAACGAUCAAAUUGAAUACUCUGAAGACUCUCAUGUUGCUGGUUUACGAGACGAUAAAGUCAGCAAGACACCCUCCUUAGUCACAACAGAAGAAAACGAUGAUGAACUAGAUGAAGAACAACUGCCUCCCAGUACAAGUAGUACCACCAGCAGUACUGCAGUAGUAACAGCAGAUGAUGCCAUCUCUCAUUCUAAUCAAAAUAAUACGGUAGAGCCAUUGUUCGUGGAACUGAACGCCACUACUGGUUUGGACAGCAUUACGGUCGCCGACCUCUCGACUCCUGCACGACGCCCACAGCGUUCUGAUCGUCGUUCACUUAGUCGUAAACAUGCUUCCAUUGCCACCAUUUCAACAACUAUCAGUGGUGAUUUUGACUCAAGAAGUGAAAAGAGUAGCAAGCAUAACAGUACAGUUGACUUGCCACUUCAUAUGAAACGUAGAAGUGGAAGUCAAAAAGCGUCGUGGACUAUGAGUAUGAGCUCCUGGGCAGCUAUACUGGAUCGUGAAUUCAAUUUGAGUGAAUUAGAUCAAGAGAAAAGAUUGCUGAAAGAAAAACAACAGCAGCAGCAAAUACGAGGUCUACAAAAAAAAGAAGAUAAGGUUCUGGAAGAGAAGAGUUCUGUCAGCAGUGACAACAGAACUGGAGCCCUUCGAAAGAGUCUGCCUCUCGGAAGCAGUAAAUUAGAACUCAACGAGAGCGAUAAUGUGGAUUACUUGCUACAUCAAAAUUUGAUCAAUGCUGUGAACUGCACAAAUUUGAUAACUGCUAACACUACUUCGGCUGACAGUGUUCUAUCGUUGUCAUCUACAUUAAAAUUGCCUGAUUCAGAUAAAGAUUACAGAGCUCUUCCUUCGUUUUCAUUACCAUCGGACAGCAACAAAUUACGCUCAGCCAACUUACUGCAUUUACCUUCCAACAUUAAGAACAAGACUUCUUCAUCUGCAGCUCCUCAAAUCAAAGAACUACCAAACCUCAAUUUGUCUAGUCGUUCCGUACGUCGCAAGCCUAUCACAUCUUCAUUUUCAAAACCGAACAUUAAUGGCCAGCAAAAGAAAACGACAAAGCCAUCCCCAUCUAUCUCAUCGUCCUCCACUUCAGCAGCGGCAACCACUACUCCAUCCUCUACACAACAACAAUCACCGUCGCAACAACAAUAUCAGAAACCGAAUGAGAUAAUGACAACCAUUCCGACUGCCCUUCCUCCUACGCCUACACCCUCCCUCAGUUUCCAGCCCAGUAUUCCAAUGGGCUACGGUAAAUUAUAUCUCCAUGUCAACGGUAUUCAAAACCUUCUCCUCCCUAUGCCCAAAGACCGCGCCUACAUCCGCUGUGUAGUCAGCGAUGGCAGAUUUGAAUACAUGUCACGAUACGAAAUACUCUCACCUACCAUUCCUUUUGAUUAUGAAUGUGUCAUUGAUACUCAUCCUGGAAUGCUUAUCACUAUUUCGAUCCAUGUUCGUCCUGACUUCAUCAUGAAAUCAAGAAAACCACUCCUGCGGCUCUUUUCAUCGAAGAAGAAGAGGAAAGACUGCCUAUCCAGCUACGUCAAUAAAGAAGAUGGCGCAAUCGGCCAAACAAGAUUCGCGUUGACGCACAUGUUGCCAGCGUGUCAUGAAAUGCCUUAUUUGACUGAUUUUCAUUGCUUUAACGCCUGGUGGUCGUCAAAAUCAUCCUUUAGUAAGCAAAAGAAAAAGCAGAAUGAUCUGAAAGAGCAAGAGAAGGACGAGAUUCUAAAGGUGAUUGGUAGCUUUGAUGUCGAGAUGCUAUACUUACCCUCUUCUUCAACCCACAAUCAACAGCAGGUAAAAUUAUCAAUAAUGAUUCAAAUACAUGGUAUAUUGACAUUAACAUGUUUGUUGUACAUGAUUAGCACUUUCCUCAAAGUAUAAGAGAUUAUAAAACACAUCAAGCCGUUCAGUAGUAGUACACGAGAAUGUCUUUCACUACUAACAUAGUAGGCAGUUUCUUCCUUACGCUUCUCUUUAGUAUAAUACUCUUUCGUUACCCUUCAGUAAAUUCCUAAUACAUACUCGCAUUCAUGUUUCACUUGUCCAAAAAAAAAAAAAA